UUGCAGAUCAUAACAGCGUUCUCCCGUGGUGAAGUCCCAGAUCUACGCAAGUUACCUGCUGAUCUCCUUGAACAUUUCAAAUCAAACAGCGACAAACUAGGGCUUAUCUUCAACAGAGUAGCAACGGUAUGUGCCAUGUGUAACAGUACAAUAGAGCAGGGAAAUACUUCACUAGAGGAGAUGCUGGCAAAGUUGCCCAAAUUUGAGAAACCGAUACUGUCCACUUUCUCUCCUUACGAUAUUAAUCGCCUGUCGAACGAUAUGGUUCAUGAAGAGGAACUAGCAGCGAAAGCAGUACGAAUGAGGAUUUACACAGCUAUCGCUCUGGGCUUAGUUGGAGCUCUUACCAUCGUAGUGCUCGGAUUUUUUGCCGUGUAUAUCAAACGUCAAAGGCGAGGAAAAGAACGGCAAACUCUUAUGUCUCCAGGUGGUCCAAUACCAGGAGCUCCAUUAGCAAACUCCACAAUGCGUCGAGCUCCACCUAGCUCUAGUGAACUGCACUUAAGAGUGGACUAA